AUGUCAACCACCCCCACGCCAAUCACGCGGGAACGCCUAGACCUCGAAAUCUGCCGUACCAAAAUCUCGCUGUCGACAGUCCGGCGGAUCGACCUCGACUUCCAUCUCCAUGAAAGGAGCUUGCCGCCCAUCGUCUUUCUCCACGGCUUCGGGGGUACAAAGGAAGAUUACCUGGACAUCCAAUUCCAGGAUCGUUUCAAUGGGCGUUCUUUUCUCGCCUAUGACAGCCCUGGGCACGGAGAGUCUACUUGCGACGACCCGACCCGGAUCUCGAUGUCUUUCCUCGUAGACGUCGCCGAAGCGCUCAUCAACGCGCUCCUGGGAAGCUCGGCGUCGUUCUACCUGGUCGGUCAUUCGAUGGGAGGUCUCGUCUCCCUCUUGCUCGCCCAAAAGUGCCGGAAGGGACGGGUAUUGGGGUUCGUGAACAUCAAGGGUAAUCUCGCCCCUGAAGACUGUUUCUUGAGCAGACAGAUCUACCAAUACCCUUCAGAUUCAGAGACGGCGGAUGGAGCGGCGAAAGAUUUCCUCGAAGCCUUUCUCGAUCGCGCCAAGAGGUCCGGGUAUUACGGCGAUCCCAUCUACGCCGCUGGGUUCCUUUCCAAAGUCCCCAACAUCCAUAUCGUCCGUCCGACACUAACAUCCAUGGUUUCGACGACCGACAACGCCACCCCCGGCCUGCUCGACCAGUUCCUCGCCCUCCCUUGCCCAAAGAUGUACAUGUACGGCGAACAAUUCUCCUCAUUAUCCUACCUGCCCAAGCUCGAGCAGGAAGAAGGGGUGGAAUUAGCCAUGAUCCCGCAUGCGGGGCAUUUUAUCAUGUACACCAACCCUGUGGGGAUGUGGGAUCGGAUCUACGGGUUCAUCCAGAGGAUCGAAAACGGAAGGGUUUGA